ACCAAAUUUGCAUUUUUUUUUUUUUUUAAAUUUAACUACUCAAGGUCAAGGUUGAAGAACAGCUUCACACAUAUGGCUUUUACUAAAAACGAUUUGGGAUUCCAGCUUGUUGUUUCGUGUCUGUUGCUCCUCAUUACUGGUGGCCAGAGUUCUCAGGGGCAUUUUAACAAACAUGUUGCGCUCUUCAUUUUCGGUGAUUCACUUUUCGAUCCUGGAAACAACAACUACAUAAACACUACUACUGAUCAACAAGCAAAUUUUUGGCCCUAUGGCGAAUCAUACUUCAAUCAGCCAACCGGAAGAUUCUCUAAUGGCCGUCUCAUCUCAGAUUUCAUCGCUGAAUUUGCUGGAUUGCCUCUCAUUCCUGCGUAUCUCGACCCCCGUUACCAUAAUAAUGAAUUUUUGUAUGGAGUAAAUUUUGCGUCAGCGGGAUCUGGUGCAUUAGUUGAAACCAAUGCGGGACUUGUAAUUGAUCUCAAGACACAGCUACAGUAUUUCUCCAAUUUGGAGAAACGUUUUAGGAAGGAUUUAGGUGAUGUGAAAACCGAGCAGCUGUUGUCCAACGCUGUCUACUUGUUUAGCGGCAUAGUCAACGACUAUGGAGUCCUCAUCGGCGACAACCAGAGUAGUUAUUAUCAUGAGCAGUUCGUGGAAAUGGUGAUCGGAAACUUGACCAAUAUGUUCAAGGAAAUCCAUGAAAAAGGUGGGAGGAAGAUUGGAAUUGGUUUGAGCCCGCCGUUAGGUUGUCUGCCUAUGGCUCGUGCACUACACCCACGUAAUACUUGCAAUGAAGAAUUUAACACCAUAGCAAGUCUACACAAUCGAUUACUUUCCAAGAAAAUGGAAGAGAUGACAAAAGAAUUUGAAGGAUUCAUGUUUGCAAACUAUGAUCACUUUACUGCUCUUAGCAAACGGAUAAAGAACCCAUCAAAAUAUGGUUUCAAGGUAGGAGACACUGCAUGUUGUGGUAGUGGGCCUUUCCGAGGGAUUUUUAGUUGUGGAGGCAAAAGAGGAAUAAAAGAGUUUGAAUUGUGUGAUAAUCCUGAUGAUUAUGUUUUCUUCGAUGCCCCUCAUCCUAGUGAAGCCGCAAGCCGACAAUUCGCGCAAUUGUUCUGGGACGGAGAUUCCAAUGUCACAACACCUUACAAUUUAAAAGCCUUGUUUCAAGGUGAGACUUUUAAGGUUGACUUGAAUAAAAAAGUAGUCAAGCCUUCAGCGGACGAUGAAGAUGAUGGUGGCAUCGGGAAUAUGGUUGAUUUCUAGUAACAACUUUUUCAAUUCAGUUUACAUUAUUUAUAUAAGAACAAUUUUAGAUUUAUUUUUGUUGCACAUUGUAUAAAUAUUAAAGUUUUAAUUGCGGAAUAAAAAUAUAAUGUGGGGACAUUUGUUAAU